AUGGGUUCUCAAUUGAACCCAAAACAGAAGCGAGUGUUAUGUAUGAAUAAGGUUGACUUAGUUGAGAAGAAGAAAGAUUUGUUGAAGGUUGCUGAGCAAUUUAAAGACCUUCCUGGAUAUGAAAGGUAUUUCAUGAUCUCGGGACUGAAGGGUUCUGGAGUGAAAGAUCUUACCCAAUAUCUGAUGGAGCAGGUCAGCAAUGUUGUUAGAUUUGUUUUACCAGACCCAAAGUGA